AUGGCCCUUCUUGCCACCGUAGGCAACCACCUUUCCCACCUCCUUCAUCAAUUCGUUUUCGCCUUCCCUACACCUACCAAUUCAUCCACCGCCAAUGCCCCGGUUCCACUCUUUGCUCCUAAAAUUGACGUGGGAGCCAUAGCUGGCGGGAUCGGACCUCUCACUUUUGCUGGUAGUGGGUAUGGUGUCAUGUUGGUGCUGAUGGGUAUCCUGCUCAACAGAAUACAUCAUAUUGUCAGAAGACCCAGACUACCGCCCCAACCACAGCCGCACCUCGUGGGGAAUAGUCCGCUCGUAAGAGCCAGACAGAAAGUCGUCAGUUUCAUGACAUCCCCAUCUGCCCCCUUUUACCUCCGACUUCCAGGGAUAAUGGUCCUUUGUCGGGCUUGGGUGUUAUUCACCAUCCUCACUCUCCAAGUUGCCAAUUUUUGGCCGGUCGAUAGUCCCUUAUUACGGAACAGCUCAUACGGCCGAUUCAUCAAUCGAGCGGGGAAUUGGGUUGGGGAUAUGGAGAUGCGGAAAGUGUCAUGGGAGGUAUUUCUCAGUGUGUGUCUGGGUAUGAUCUGCAGCGGUCUGGCCAAUGGAUUGGAUAGGACACGACGACGAGAUAUGGGGGAAGGCUUCAACCUGAUUGGAUAUGCCUUUUUACUUCAUCUCUAUUCGUCUCCUUUAACACACCAUCGACCUCCUCCUGCGGCACAUCACGGGAGACCCGACGUGCACGCUCUUUUCCAAUUGUGGCUUAACUUGACCGAGCUGACAUGGCUACAAACUAUCGAGUUGUCUGAAAAGACGAGAAGAAAUCAAAUCAUCCCCACAGGAGUGUGCGGGACGUUAGGACUGAUUCAUUUCGUCUGGGGAUUGUCCAGUUCCCCACUGAAAUUCCCAAGUUUCACAUUCAUGACACAUCUGAUGGCCUUAAUUCUGGUUGUCAUGAUCACCGCCUCAGCCCUGGUCAAAGCCUUCACUUUUCUCUUCACCGUUGGAUACAUCCCUUCUCCCAUUCUUGCCAAUUUGUUACCUCACGAAGGUGUGAUCCCUUCUGUCGAAGACGACUUUGGUGUUACCCUGCUGAAGAUUGGCAUAGCCUGUAUCGAACAGACACAAUAUUCCGGUCUUCAAAAUGAACUUGUGGCUAUAGAAGAACCUAAGGGUCCUUGGUUAGAGAUCUCCUCGGGGAGCAGCGUCGUUCGUUCCACUGGCCCAGCGUCUCCGAGAGGGGGUUUCAACACCGAAGUCACCAAUAUCGAAGUUUCCAGACUACGUGAUCCCCAAUCAGAGAGCGAAUACUGGAAAUAUCUGCGACAAUUUUGGCGAACCUUCUUGAAUGCCGUGGUAAAUUCAGGCCUGAAGAUUCUGUCAUCUCUACCGUUUGCUGAGAAGAUCUCUUAUUGGGCGAGAAGGAUCUGGCAGAGAAGAUGGUGGUAUGGUCCUCGGUCUUGGAGAAUAUGGAGAAGAGCCGCAUGGGCCGAACCUGCUCAUUUCCGACGUCGGGCCAUUCUACGGGCUAUGGAAGAUUAUUCGAGAAGACAGCAAAUGCGUUGGGUCGUACCUGUUUCAACUUCGCUGGUGGAGACAUCUUCUUCCGCGGAGACAUCAGAAGGUUUUUCCACGGCUGUUCAAUUCAGGGAACCAACAAUUGACCCCUCGAUACAUCUGAGAUACUUGAGAGGAGAAACCGAAUUGUCUGAUGGUGAUGACGAAGAGUUCGAAAAUGAUCCAGAGGAGGAAGAAUGGACAGAUGAAGAUGAGGGUGAAAAUGAAUCCGCGAAACAAACACAAGAUUUGGAUCAACAUCAAGAUCAAAAUCAAACCCCAGGUAACAUCACUUCUCAAGUUACAGACGAUCAAUUGGAAGAAGAUCAAACGUUGUAUAGAGAUCUCAUUUCUCCUUCUUCUGAAGAUCUUCAAGCCGUUUUACUCGCUCAUCUCACAUCACGUACAUCUCAUCCACUCACAAGAAGACAAUACGCUUUACUCUCUUCGUCCUCUAAUCAGAUUUCAUCUCACAAUGAAACGUUACAGGACAUAGCAGCGGAUCGGAGGAUGAUGAUGACUGGCAGAGAGAAAGAUGAGUAUGAUGAAGCUAAUAGAAGGGCUUGUGUGGUAUGUACUGUUGAACCGAGAGAUACGAUCUUGUGGCCUUGUAGAUGUUUGGCAGUUUGUAAUGAGUGUCGAGAGAAUUUAGCGGCGAGAUUACCUGCAAAGGAUCAUUUGUGUCCGUGUUGCAGAAGAAAGAUCGAGGGAUAUAGUAGGAUAUACGUACCGUGA